GGUACCGUGGAUUAUGAACUCUGCUUUAAGAAAUCUGAUGCUGACUUGCAGCUCACUGCUUAUAGUGAUUCAGAUUGGGCCUCUUGCCUGAAAGACAGGCGAAGUACUACAGGUUACUGUUGUACUCUAACUGAAGGAGGACCACUGAUUUCAUGGAAGUCGAGAAAGCAACCAACGGUUGCCAUUUCCACUUGCGAAGCUGAAUAUGUAGCUUUAGCAAAUACAGCUCAAGAGUGUUUGUAUCUAACUCAAUUGUUAAACGGUAUGUAUAAGAAAGUACAUCAGAGUAUGAAGAUAAGUGUUGAUAACCAAGGGGCAAUUGCACUAAGUAAGAACCCAGUUAACAGACAACGUUCUAAGCAUAUUGACAUAAAGUACCACUUUGUACGUGAAAUGUAUGUUAAAGGCAUGAUCGAUAUUGUAUAUUGUCCUACCCAAGAUAUGGUAGCUGAUAUCCUAACAAAGCCACCCACAAAAUGUAAACUAGAUAAUUUUAAAAGUAUCGUGUUCGGUUGUGGUAAUUAG